AUGAGUUCCAGAGCACUCCGGAGGCUUGAGAGACAAAGGGAAUCGGCAACUCCAGAAGCCGAAAAUGACUCCGACCAUGAAGAAGUCAAGAAACCAGCAGUUAACAGAUUUGCCUUUUUGGGUGCUGAAAGUGACGAUGAUGCAGGCAAUAAUGACCUGGUAGAUGAAGCUGAGCCUGAGCAGCCAGUCCCAGAGACACCGACUAUAUCAAGAAAGAAGAACAAAAAGAAGAACAAGAAGAAGAAAAAGCAGCAGCAACAACAACAGGAUAAUUCGGACAAGGAGGGUGAAGACGAUGAAGAUCUAGACCAGUUCCUCGAGCAAAUCAGACAACGUGAUUUGGCUAAUUCAAAGAGUGUUUCAGUUGAGGCAGAGGGAGAUGGGGAAUUGGAUGAGGAUUUUGAAGAACAAUUUGAUAAUUCUGAUCCUCCAAUUGCUUACACAGCUGCCAACUUUCAUUACUUCACUACCUCCAGGCUCAAAGAGUGCUUGCCACUCUUGUCCAUAAAAGCUGUCAAGAACUUGGAUCCAGAUAAUGAGCUCAAAAAUCUUUUCGGUAACUUGAGUCUUGAGACAAUCGACGAUGCAAACAGCACGACUUCAAUGUCGAUAUCACCUGAAGUGUUAGCACAGUUCAGAAAGAUCGCACGACUCACAAGAGGAUGGGGUGGCAGAGACCGCAGGGGCGUUCCGGGAACAUCAAGGAAACUUUUACUCACAACCAUCAAGGAUGAUUACCUUCCCACGGCACAAAAACAGCUUAAUAUGGAGGAGCUCACGACUGAUGACGUUGUAGAGACCCUCAGAUACAAAGAGGAGGAUGAAGGCUACGAUUUUCUCAGUAAUAAGGUUAAGGCCCAAGCAAAACUUGGAGUUCGUCAUUUUAAAUUCACGAAGGUACCUUCUGUCUCGGAUAGAGUGGCCAAUUCGAAAUUCUAUGCGUCAGUCGUUAUGACGCCUGACCCAGAUGCAUUGAUUCAAUUGAUCCAACAACACCCAUAUCAUGUUGAGACGCUUCUACAAGUGUCGAUGGUCUUCCUUAGACAAGGGAACAACAAGGCGAUGAGCAAUGCCUUGGUAGAGAAGUGCCUCUUUGUCUUUGACCGCUCCUUCAACAAGAGGUUCCAUGAGAUGCUUCAAGACGGCAAGUCUGAGCUCAUAAGGCUUCCUUACGAGACAUUCAUGAACAGACAGUUCUAUCUUUGCAUUUUCCGUAUCAUCACCGGAAUGGCCGAGCGCUCAACCUUCUUUACAGCGUUGAACUACUGUAAGCUCCUUUGGGGUUUCAGCCCGGCCGAAGAUCCCAUUGGAGUUCGUUACUUCAUCGACCAUUACGCCAUACUUUCUGAGGAAUACGACUGGCUCGUUAAGGUCGCUAAUAGCCCACUUAUCACGACCUACGCUCAAUGGUACACACCAGGUAUUGCAUUCUCAGAGGUUCUCGCAUUGCUCCACUUAAACAAGACUGAGGAGGCCAGGCUGAGGUUGGAAGAGGCAUUUACCGCACAUACAUAUUGCGCUUACCACCUUCUAGAAAAUAUCGGCUUGUCCUCAAAACCACCCACUUCGUUGAAGGACAUCUACCAGGACGACUAUGUUGUGCUUGCAAGCGAGACGUACCUUGUGAGGGCCCCAUUAUUAUGGAAGGAUCAGCUGCAUAGACAGUUCCUUCAUGACGAACUCACGAAGUUGUUCUCGACGUUCAAACCGCAAACGACUGGAUCGUGGUUGGGCAAGUUCUUCUCUAAGGAAUCAAAACCAAUUGCUCUUCCAAUUAAUCUCGUUCGAUUUGCAAUUCUCUCCGGUGAAAACAAAGUGCUUGCUAAAGUUCCAGAAUCUGUUUUCGACCGAGAUGAUGUUCUUGAAUACGAUGUGAUGCCUCCCAAGGAUGCUUCUGCCGCCUAUGAUGUAUUCACCGGAGUCGAUAAUACCACUGGUGUUACAGACGCAUUACCCAAUUACAUCGACCACAACAUCAUUUCAGCAAUUGUGCAAAACCGAACCGGCGCCGAGUUUGAUGAGCUUUUGGAUAGGUUGCAAUUGCAAGAGGUGGAGGAGGGUCAAGUGCCCGCGGAAGAAUAG